UGCUGGCCUUUCUUCGGGAUUGACCACUUUUUCUGAGCCGUGCCGUAAAAAGGCCACGCAAUUGUCACUCGGCCAUCGAAUUGUAAAGACUCAAGCGAACGCUUCUACAGCUGGUCCAGCGAAAUGGUUGGUACACGUCACCGGUUAGUCGGUGGGGGGAGGGCACUGCUGCUCGGUUUGGUGGUGCUGGCCACGUUCGCCGCGGUGGCACAGGGAGCCGCUGUCAUGUCGGUCGAUUUGGGCAGCGAGUGGAUGAAGGUUGGUGUAGUGUCACCCGGCGUACCGAUGGAAAUUGCCCUGAACAAGGAAUCGAAACGGAAAACGCCGACAACCAUCGCCUUCCGCAACGGAGACCGGGUGUUUGGCGAGGAUGCACAAACACUGGGAGUCCGUUUCCCGGCCAACAGCUAUGGCUACUUGGUCGACCUGUUGGGAAAAACGAUCGAUAAUCCAAUGGUCGAUUUGUACCGCAAACGGUUCCCAUACUACGACAUUGUGGAAGAUCCUGUCCGUAAGACGGUCGUGUUUCGGGCGGGCGAAGAGCAGUUCACCAUCGAGGAGCUCAUCGCACAACUGCUGCAGGUUGCCAAAGGGUACGCGGAAGAUUCGACCGGUCAGAUAAUCACUGAGUGCGUACUGAUUGUGCCCGGAUUUUUCGGCCAGGCCGAACGUACGGCCCUGCUGUCUGCGGCGAAGCUCGCUAACCUCAAAGUGCUACAGCUCAUCAACGACUACACGGCCGUCGCGCUCAACUAUGGCAUUUUCCGACGAAAAGAAAUCAACGAGACGGCACAGUACUUCCUGUUCUACGAUAUGGGAGCGUACAAAACGUCCGCGGCGGUAGUAAGCUAUCAGCUGGUGAAGGAUAAGGCCACCCGCGAGACACACCCCGUGGUGCAGGUGCUCGGUGUUGGAUUCGAUCGGACGCUUGGUGGGUUGGAGAUGCAGGUGCGCCUCCGCGAUUUCCUCGGCAAAGAGUUCAACAAGAUGGGCAAAACGAAGACGGACGUUUUCGGUAAUCCGCGUGCGAUGGCGAAGCUGUUCAAGGAGGCGGGCCGGCUAAAGAACGUACUCAGUGCCAACACGGAACAUUACGCCCAGAUCGAGGGUCUGCUGGACGAGCAGGACUUCCGGCUGCUGGUGACGCGCGAACAGUUCGAAACGCUCUGCAAGGAUCUGUACGAGCGGGUGACGGCCCCGCUGGACAAAGCACUGACCGCGUCGGGGCUAUCGCUGGACGUUAUCAAUCAGGUGGUGCUGUUCGGAGGAAACACCCGCGUUCCGAAGGUGCAGGAUAUUCUGCGCGCGCACAUCGGCCAGGAGCUGGCGAAGAAUCUGAACGCGGACGAAGCCGCUUGCAUGGGAGCCGUGUACCGGGCGGCCGAUCUCGCCACCGGAUUCAAGGUGAAGAAGUUCAUCACGAAGGAUGCCGUCCUGUUCCCCAUCCAAGUUGUGUUCGAUCGGGAGGGUGAGAGUGGCAACCUGCGUCAGGUCCGGAGAACGCUAUUCGGUGCGAUGAAUUCCUACCCGCAGAAGAAAGUGAUCACGUUCAACAAACACACGGACGAUUUCCAGUUCGCGGUGCAGUACGCCGAGCUGGAGUCGGUGCUAGGAGCCGAGGCCAACACACUGGGCUCGCACGAACUCGCCCGGGUCGAGCUGAGCGAGGUGGCGAAGAAACUGAAGGCCGGUGUUGUGGAAAAUGUCGAGUCGAAGGGUAUCAAGGCGCACUUUGUGCUGGACGAUUCCGGUAUCUUCUCGCUGGCCAACGUUGAGCUGGUGUUGGAGCGCACGGUCACGAAGGAGGAGGAGGAGGCCGACGAGACCACUUUUCAGAAGAUUGGCAAUACCAUAAGCAAGCUGUUCUCGGGAGACUCCAACGACAAGCCGUCGGAGAAGGCACCGGAAGGCACGGAAGAAAAGUCGGAAGAGGAACCAGCUGAGAAGGAAACCAGCUCGAAUGACAAGGAAGAGCAAAAGUCGACCAAGGAUAAGGAAGACGGAAGCGAUACGAAGGAAGGAGCCAAAACCGAGAAUGGUACAUCGGCGACGGGUGAGGAGAAGAAGCUUGAGGAAGGAGCGGAAGCCAAAAACGAGACGGUGAAACCAAAGAUCGUAACGGUAAAGGAGAAGAUUCCGUCGAAGGUGGAGCUAACGUACGUAUCGCCACUGGAGGGUGAUCUGUUCGAGGCGUCGGCGAAACGCUUGAGCGCCCUGGACGAAGUUGACAAUGCCAAGAAACGUCGCGAAACGGCCCUCAACGCGCUGGAAAGCUUCGUGAUCGACGCUCAGGUGAAGCUGGACGAGGAAGAGUACGCUUCGUGCGGCACGUCGGAAGAGAUCGAAACAAUCCGUAAACGCUGCAGCGAAAUCUCCGAGUGGCUGUACGAGGACGGUUCCGAUGCGGACGCUGAAACGUACGAGCGCAAGCUGGAGGAUCUGCGAACGGUAGCCAACGAGGUGUACGCCCGCCACUGGGAGCACCGGGAGCGUCCGGACGCCCUGAAUGCGCUCAAGCAGAUGAUCAACGGUUCCGAGGCUUUCCUGCACAGCGCGAAGAACCUCACGAAGGACACCAACCCCGAGAAGGACGUGUUUACACCGGUGGAAAUAGAAACGCUCGAAAAAGCGAUCCGCGGCACGAUCGAGUGGCGCGACACGGAGGUGGAGGAGCAGAACAAACUGGCACGCAAUGCGCCGGUCCGACUGACCGUGAAGGACAUCACCGAUCGUAUGGCGAUGCUCGACCGGGAGGUGAAGUAUCUCGUCAACAAGCUGAAGCUGUGGCGUCCGAAGGUCAAACCAACACCAUCGCCGAAGGUAGAGAAGACGGUCGUUGAUGAGGAAAGUGGGAAGAAAGAUGACGACAAGGAUAGUAACGAGGAGCGAACGGAGCAAGGAGAGGAUAAACCUGAGGAGGUCCUAGAGCAAACGCCCGAAAUGGAAGAAUCAGCUUCUUCGGAGACGAAGAGUUCGGAAGAGAUCGAUCCGACGAAGACUCAAAAAAGCAAGCCGGAAGUGGACGAGGAGCAUACGGAGCUGUAGGUGGAAGGGGCACACUGGACACACGUAGGAUGCUUAGCACAAUUGAGACACACGUCUACUUCACCUAUCCACCCAUCCACCCCCUUUCUCUCCACUCACCCUUUCAUCGCAUCGGCAUUGAUGUAAUUUAGUUCACUACAAAGUAACCCAUUAGUCUCUUAGCUGUUCACAAAAACCUAGAAGUAUCCAAUUCGAUAUCCAGCAACAAGCAGGUGAAGGUGUCGAACUAGACGUGCGAGCGAGAGAAAGUCGUAAAGUCGUGUUAUUUAUUUCCCCUUCCGUAGGCAAACCAAUCCUCCAUCCAUACUUCCCCUCUUUCUCAACCAUCACCGCCUGAUUUCAUCCAUUCCUUAGCGAUCGAAUUUACUCGAUCUCUUUCUCGCCCUCUCUCUCUCUCUCCAAGGACCUUACGAAAGAUGCGAUCGGGAAAACCCCUUCGUGAGACCAAACGAUUUUAAAAGGGUUCGCAUGAGGAGGGGGGAAACGGUAGUUUUUCAGCAACCGGGAAAACGGACUUCAGAUAUGAACUGAUAUGAGCGAGGACUGAGUUGUGCUUGGAACGUGUCGGUGGGCGCGUUGUGAUUCACCAGGAGAGAGGCUGCCUUCGUGUAUUUUUCGUUUUGUUUAUGGUUCGUUUUGUUUUGCAAAGCUCUCGUCGGUGAUCACGUUUUGAACAAGGCAGAAGAGAAGGCACAGCUUCUUGGCAGCAGUUUGCAGUUGCAUCCCUGUGCAAAAACCCGUUUUAAAGGGCAACGCUGCAAAUGAUAGAGAAAAGACGAGAAAAAAACUAUAAACCUUAAGUAUAAGUGGAACGUGUGGAAGUAAUAAACAAUCGGUGAUACACUA